AUGGAACUGGAGCUCACGCAGGAGGAGACGGACCUCUUCGGCCUCUUGAUGGCCGUGGUGGCCGAGUCCGACUGCCGCACGGUCGUCAGGGUUGCCGGCGGCUGGCUGUUGGGCAUCAGGGACGGAGGCGGUGACAUUGACCUGGUCGUGGACAACAUGCCAGCUGUGGCCUUUGCCGACCUGCUCGCGCGCCACCGACCGUCGGAGACGAAGGGGGGGAAGGUGAUCGGCAGCCGGCCCGAGCAGCACAAGCACGUGGAGGUGGUGGCGCUGAAGCUGCUCGACGGUGCGGCCGCGAUCGAGCUCUCCUCGCACCACGGGCGCACGCCCGAGGAGGAGGCCCGCAGGCGCGACUUCACCAUCAACAGCCUCCUAUACAACAUCAACCAGGCCGCUGUCGAGGACUUCACCGGCAUGGGCGUGGCCGACCUGCGCGCGGGGCUGCUCCGAACGCCGCUGCCGCCCGGGGAGACGCUGGGGCAAGACCCGUUGCGCAUACUCCGCUUCGCCGCCCGCUUCGGCUUCCGCGUCGACGCGCAACUGGCCGCGGCGAUGAAGGACGCAGCGCUCCAGCUCUGUUUGGUAACACUUUGGCUCCCCAAUCGCGCCGACGACGAUGAUGUGAUCGAUCAUGCACAGAAGGAACUGGGCUCCACCAUUGGACGGCAGCGAAUAGCCGCGGAGGUCACGAAGAUGCUGUCUGGACCACGACCCCAUGUGACCUUGAUGGCCCUGUGCCAGGACGACCUCCACCGCAUCGUGUUUGCGCCAUCGAAGGGUCCAGCGACGAUGCCAAAAGAGUUCUGGACGGACGAGUUGACCCGGUUGGCGAGACUUGCUGUCGAGCUGGUCAUGAUUGGCGGUCGAGAGGCGGGUCCUGAACCCGUUGUUGCGGGGCUGUCGCCGCUGGCGUUCUGGCUCGCGUGUCUCUUCCUGCCGCUGGGCUUCUCGCCUCUGUGCCUCAAGGACCGGGACCGGGAGACCCACUUGCCCUUCACCAAGUGGGACAUGCGCGAGCACUGGAUGGUGGCCACCAGCAUCUGCACGCUGAUUGUCCGCGCACACGAUCUUGAAGGCCUCGCGCUCGAGCUGGACAGCACAGGCGCAAUCGACAAGCUCCGUGUGGCGCGAGUGCUACGGGAGCUGGGUCCGUCUUGGGUGCACGCGCUCCAGCUGGCGCGGGUCCUCUCCACCCUGCGGCUACACGUGGGCGACGGUAGCGGUGGCGGCAACACCGCUGGCGGAGGUGUCGACGCGCCGUUGGUUGAUGCGGUCGUCACAGCGCGCUUUGGCCGGCUCGAGGAGUGGAUCACCCAUCAGAGCGGGUUGCUAGCGGGUCCGCACGGCCCGGCCGUAUGGGCAGUCGCGCCGCUUGUGUCGGCCAAGACCCUGCUUGCGGCCCUGCGCGCACGGACUACCACCACCGGCGACAUGCCGCAGCCGACGGGCAAGGAUGUAGGCCGACUGGUGGCCCUGGCCCUCGACUGGCAGCUGGCGCGACACGACUCCAACAACAACAACAACAACGACGCUGAUGAAGGUGCUGACGGCGCAACGACGACAAGCCUAAGCAGCAAUCGAGAGCGAGAGUGUGUGGCCUGGGUGGUGGACCAGUGGCUGGCCCUGGCCAAGAUCACCUUGCCGUGA